AUGGGUGCAUUGUUCAGCAAGAUACUAGGUCGAUUAUGGGGCGAAAAAGAAGUACGGAUACUGAUCCUUGGUUUGGAUGGCGCUGGUAAAACCACCAUUCUCUACCGUCUACAGAUUGGAGAAGUAGUAACGACUAUCCCCACUAUUGGAUUCAAUGUCGAGACCGUAUCCUACAAGAAUAUCAAGUUCCAAGUAUGGGAUCUAGGUGGCCAAACGAGUAUAAGACCCUACUGGCGAUGCUACUAUGCCAAUACCGAUGCUGUGAUCUAUGUGGUGGACAGCGUGGACAAGGAUCGUAUGCAAACAUCCAAGGAGGAAUUACAUGCCAUGUUGGAGGAAGAGGAACUUAAGGAUGCCGCUCUCCUUGUUUUCGCCAACAAGCAAGAUAUGGAAGGUGCUCUGUCAGCAGCUGAAGUUGCCGAUGCUUUGGGUCUCUCGACUUUGAAGAACCGACAAUACUCUAUCUAUAAGACAAGCGCUAUCAAAGGUGAAGGCCUUACUGAUGGAUUGGAUUGGCUUGUUAACAUCAUCCAGGAAAACAAGCAAUAG